CGCUUAAACUUCCGGCAUGGUGUGUAUCUGUGGCUUAGAGCAGCUUUAAACGGCCGAUCUGCUGUUUCCAGCCUUUAAUGAGCAUCACCGCAAGAUGAAGCGGGUCAUGGCAUAAACAUGGCCCACAACAGAAGCCGUUUCCUCGAAGCCCUGAAUCGUUCUGAGACCAGGACAGAUGGAGGCUUCAAGCACAGUUGGAGCUUCUCGCUUCCCGGUGACAGAGAGACGGCGAAGAGACACGAAGCGGGUGUGGUGAGUGUGGAGGAGAUGGAGCAGCAGCAGAUGACCUCCCCGGAGAAGAAGUCUCCUCCUUUAAGGCACUACGGUUCCGAUCAUUUGAGGACGUUUGGAAACCGAUCCAACAUGAGGUCUCUGAACAGACUGGGUGCCCGAAAAUGCAGCGACGUCCCGCCUGCAGCACAGACUCCCUCCUCCACAUCCACCAGAACCGACUUCAACCUGAUCCUGACUUCCACGCUUGCGCCAGGAAUCAUGUUGCAGGGUCGCCACUUCCAGCACGCUCAGGUCCCAUCACUGACACGGAAACCAGCUCAAAGAAACAACCAGGCUGUGGAGGUGGACAGCAUCGUCCUCACCUGUCCAGAGGCCCCAGAAGGAGAGUCGCUGAACAUCAAGCGGCGCGUCCAGCAGAAGAGGAAACCUCUGGAGAACGUUUGCUUCUCCCCGCAGCUCAAAGCGGCCGAGCCCGUUCGGACCGCCGUCUACCACUCGGUGUGCCUGAAGUGCAAAAAGCCCAGCGAGGACGGCAGCAUGUGUCUGAGCUGCGGGAGCUGCGAGUCCCUGGUGGGCCCCCAGGCCGCCUCGUCCUCCCCCACCCCCAGACCCGCCAUCAGAUCCCACCCCUCCCUCGGACCCAACAGCCUGCAGCAGAAAUUCUACAAAGCCGGAGCCGCCAUCAGAGAAGCCCUGCCGCCACGGAUGGCGAGCAGCAGGGCGGCGCCGCUGCCUCUGAGCAACGGAAGGAUCCCGCUGUUGGCCGGGACGUCCGGCGCCUGCCGGGCUGGAGCCCCCGCCAAAGGGAGGCAGAGGGCGGCGGGGCAGCAGGCUGAGCUCAACGAUCCCAUCGUCCUGUCCAGCGACGAUGAGGAAGAGGAGGCCGAGACCGCCAGCACCGAGAGCGUGAACCGCAUGGACAACGUUUCCCCCCAACCCGCUGACUCCGCCCACUCCUCUCCGGCGCCCUCUGGAGGCAAAGUGGAGGCGGCGGUGAAGAGCGCCGACGAGCAGGAGGAGCUGAACGCCGAAUUCUUCGAAGACGUCAGCACGAAGAUCACCAUCCCACGGAGAGCCAAGAUGAAGGAUCAGUUUGGGAAGCAGCCGUCUGCAGAGAAGGUUCCUCCCAGGAAGAAGAGGCCCAGAGUCUCGACCACCAGGUGCGACAGCAUCAUCCUGGAUUGUCGCAGCAUUCGGAUCGGAACCAUGAGGCUGAUGGUGAAAGAGCCCGUCAUCGUGAGUCCUUCCCACUGGGUUUUCUGUUCCCUUCUGUUCCUUCUAGGCUCGAUGUGCCUUCAGACAGCGGAGCUGAUCAGCUGUGAAUGGUGCCGCGUCCGGAAGCUCCCAGUCCUCUUCUUCCAGACGACAGUGGACGAGUGCCUCCGUCUGCGCUCCCAGCUCAACAUGUCCCAGGAACUGGGAGGCCAGUGGUACGACUGCUCCGCUGACCAGGUGGACGAGAAAUACAUCGUCCUGAUUUUCGAGAACGGCCUGGUGAUGAAGGAGCAGAUGAUCCUGGAGGACAUCCUGAACGUCAUCGGCCAGAACAACAACCUCAGCGGCUUCCCCACCAAGCUGACCUUUGAGGAGGCCAACAUCCGCCUGGUCAACUACAACAAGGCCUGCAGCCAGAAGACGGAGGCGAAGCCUGAGCAGGCCUCCCCCUCCUCCCCUACGCUGUCCCCCGACUCAGCCGUCGGCGUGUCCACACGCACACGGAUGGCCACCCGGCAGCAGCCCGGCUUCGAUGAAGACGAGGACAUGACGGACCUGCAGCCCACCUUCUCCGGACUGGUCAUGAAGCUCAUAGUGUACCCCCCGCCCCCCGCCAAAGGGGGCAUAUCCGUCACCAACGAGGACCUGCACUGCCUUAACGAUGGAGAAUUCCUCAAUGACGUCAUCAUAGACUUUUAUUUAAAAUAUUUAGUUUUGGAAAAGUUAAAAAAAGAAGACGCACAUAGAAUCCACGUGUUCAGCUCGUUCUUCUACAAAAGACUGAACCAGAGGGAGCGCCGGAGCGUGCCGGACACAGCCAACCUGCCGAUCCAGAAGAAGAAGCACAACCGGGUCAAGACGUGGACCCGGCACGUGGAUCUGUUCCAGAAGGACUUUGUUUUUGUUCCCAUCAACGAGUCGGCUCACUGGUAUCUGGCGGUCAUAUGCUUCCCGGGUCUGGAGGGUCCAGUGUUGGAGAAGAACCCGAUGUAUGUGGACCCGCCUCCGGCCUCCAGCUCCCCGGAUGAGCCGCAGUCGGAGGAGAACAUCCCGGACCACUGCCGGCCUCUGUCGCCGGACGGAGACGGGUUGGACAGCUUGUCGGAUGGGACGUCCCCCACGUUCCCAGACGAGGCCGACUCGGAACCGCCCCACGAACACUGUGGUUUCCCAGAGGUGGGGGAGGAGCAGCUGGGGAGCAGCCGGGCGGAACCGGAGCAGCAGUUCAGUAGCGAGCUGCAGCGCAUCAAGUUCUGCUACAGGUCGGGAGACGGAGACGACGCCUACACCUUCUCUGAUGACCAGAGCUCCUGUCAGGACGAAUGCAGCGAAGAUGGGAAUCUGGCUGAAGACGCCGGCGUUCCCGAUGUGUCCAGCUUAGCCUCCAAACCCAUCAUCUGCAAACAGCCUUGUAUUCUGAUCAUGGACUCGCUGCGAGGUCCGUCCAGGUCCAACGUGGUGAAAACCCUCAGAGAGUACCUGGAGGUGGAGUGGGAGGUGCGGCGAGGCUCUCAGCGGAGUUUCGGGAAGGACGUGAUGAAGGGCUCCAGCCCCCGAGUGCCUCAGCAGGACAACUUCAGCGACUGUGGAGUUUACGUCCUGCAGUACGUGGAGAGCUUCUUCGAGAACCCCAUUCCCAGUUUCCAGCUGCCCAUGAACCUUUCCGACUGGUUCCCCCAGCAGCGCAUGAAGACGAAGCGCCUGGAGAUCAAGGAGCUGAUCCUGAAGAUCAAAGAUCAACAAGAGCUGGACAAGAAGGAGGCGGAGCAGGCGGAGGCCUGGCCCGGCUCUCCGGAGGAGCCGGAGAUCGAAGAGACUCCUGGACCAAUGCCGUCCAUCGGCCCCUGAAAGACGGGUCUGAGCGGGGCCACACCGGCUCUAGGCAAACCGCUUCUAUGGACCUCCACCAGCCACACGCACCAGACUGAUAAUCUGUACAGAGCGAGACAUGACGUGUAAAUACGCUGCCUUUGUAACCUCCCGUUUCAUCCGCAGACCGACCCGUUAAGUUAUGGUUUCCUACGUGUUCUCUGAGCAGCAGCUCAAGCUUUUGCCUUGUUUAGAGGAACGUUCUGAUUUGAACCUUGUAAGUAUUGUAAGUUAAGAUG